UUCGUUGUACGCAAAAAAAACGUGCAACUGCUAGUUUUAACGUACAAGAGGCUUAAGGAUAGCCCCCUAUGGGACCGACGGACGGCAUACACCUAAAAUGGCACAUCACUGGUAGCAGUUUAGGUGUGUCAGCCAUUUUAGGUGUGUCUGGCGGUGUUUGUAGACUGGUGUCUUAAUAUUUUCCUCGAUGCUUGCAUACGGGAUGUGACACACUCUGCAAGUUGUAUCGAUGGGCUGACUGAUUACGGAGGGAAGUUUGAGAAUGGAGGUGCUAAAACCUGCAAAUAACGUUUGCAAGAGGAAACGUCUAAGAUGUGCCAGGAGAUGGUGCAGGGGCCGGGAGAUGAAUCAGAGAAGAAGCCAAAGAAGCUGAGCGAGUGUUACCUACUAUUGUUCAGUGAUACAUAGCCAACAUUUCUUGCUCACUGAUAUUGCAAGAUGGCAAGAUGGGAUGAUAUUCUGAUGCUUCCUGUGCAAGAGCCACCCACCAUUGUGUUUUCCUCAUCCGACCUUAAUUGGUCCAAGGUGGAAGGUUGGGGUCAGAAUGUUGAUAAUGUAGCCCGCAUCCCUUUCUCUAGAGUUGACGACUUUGUGAAGGGAGAAUCCUUGAGUAUUGAAUAUCCCACAAAGUUCCGUGUUGAGGCAAGGAGGAAAAAAACAGAAUACAGUUCAUAUAAGCCAAGAGUAGAUGGUUAUCUGGAAUAUAUCUUAUAUUGGUGUUGCUAUGGCCCUGAUGAUCACAGGAAAGGAGGAACAUCACGACCGAGUAGAAAGUGUAUUAAACCUUCAAUGAAGAAAAGUAGUGCUGGCCCGGGGUGACCACAUACAAAGAGAGGUUGCAUGUGUCAUUUUAUUGUGAAACGUUUGUAUGCUCAACCAUCUGUUGCUCUUAUUAUAUACAACCAACGGAAGCAUGUUGAUAAGUCUGGUUCUCCUUGCCAUGGACCACUUGAUACCAAGGCCAUUGGAACACUGGCAAUAUAUGCUCCUUACAUCUCAGAAGAACUUCGACAACAGAUAAUGUCAAUGCUAUAUGCUGGAAUUUCUGUGGAGAGUAUAAUACAAAAUCACAAAAAAUCUGUGGAGAGGCAAGGUGGCCCCUACAAUCGUGAUGCCUUCCUCUCUCGCCGUUUUGUACUCACGUUAGAGAGGAACAUUAGACGAGCUACACAUGAAUUGGACUCAGAUGAUGCAUUGAGCAUGAAAUUGUGUGUUGAAAGUCAUCAAAAUCAGGUUUUUUACUACCAGGAAUCCUCUCAGACUGAUGCUUUCAUCUUGGGAGUUCAAACAGAGUGGCAAUUGCAGCAAAUGCUAUGUUUUGGAAAAAACAGUCUUAUAGCUGUUGAUUCCAGUUGUGGAACUAAGAAAUUUAAGUAUCCAAUUUACACACUUCUUGCCUUUGAUUCAAACCAAACUACAAUUCCCAUAGCAUGGAUCAUUGCUGGGAGUUUACAAAGUCAUGAUGUUUACAAAUGGAUGGGAACACUUCAUGACAGAGUUCGUGCAAAGGAUUCUACAUGGAGAUUGAAUGGCUUCAUUAUUGAUGAUGCAUCAAUAGAAAUUUCUGUAAUCAGGGAUGUGUUUCAGUGCACAAUUCUGUUGUGCCUUUGGCGUGUACGUCAUGCAUGGCAUAGAAAUAUUAUAAAGAAGUGUGCCAAUGCUGAGAUGCAGCGUGAGAUGUUGAAGCGCCUUGGGCACAUCAUGUAUAAUACAUGGAGCGGGUCAAAUGUCAUCAAUGCCAUGGAAGAUUUUAUGGAAGAUUUUGUAGACCAUAGUACCUUCAUGGAAUACUUUAAAGCAAGGUGGAUGCAAAGAAUAGAGAUGUGGGUGACUGCAAUGACUAUUCUACCUGUUGCAAGUCAGGAGACUUGUGCAGCUAUUGAAGCAUAUCAUUCUAUACUAAAAUCUAGGAUGUCAAGUGCGCCAGAUGUGAGCACAUAUCAACGAGUUGAUUGGUUGGUACACAAAUUGACUCAUGAGGUGCAUGCUUACUUUUGGGUUGAUCAAUUUUUAGUAGAAAAUGAUCUAUGUGGAUAUGCCAGAGAUGAAAAUUAUGCCACAUCAUGGCGCAAGGCACUCUUAAUUGCAGAUAGUGAUGUUAUUUUCAAUGAGAAGGAUCACACUGCAAAGGUUAUUAGCCAAAGUGAUCGGACAAGGACAUACAUUGUUUGGAAUCCUAGUUCAGAGUUUGCUCUUUGUGAGUGUUCUUGGUCUAUGUCAGGCAAUCUCUGUAAACAUUUUAUUAAGACUGUUAUGGUUUGUGGUGAUCGUCAGAUGGCUAGACCAUCAAUGGCUCUGCAGACAUAUCAUCAAGCUUUGCUUAGCCUCUUGUGUGGUCCACCAAAUGGAUCAGUUGUUCUUGAUAAUGCUAUCUCACUAGCCAUUGGUGUGCACCAGGAUCUUAAGCGACAGGUCUAACCAGCAAAUCAUGGCUAUAAUAAUUCUCUGCUUUCUCCAGUUCCUGUUAAGUGGGUUUGCAAGAAGAGUAGAACUUCUAGACAGAAGGCAAGUGUUGAAAAUGGAAAUAAUAAUUCAAUUUGUGGGCAUAUGUAUUGUCCCCAUUCAGGAUUAACCUUAGUUUAGUACUGAAACAACAAUUUAACCUUAGUUUAGUGCUGAAACAACAAUUUAACCUUAGUUUAGUACUGAAACAACAAUUCUAACUUAAGUGAGAAUUGUAAUACA